ACAGAGACUCCAGCCGUCUUUGUGUGGCUAUGUUCUUCUCCUCAUCUGUCAUUGGUGGCGGGUCGGGGAGGAGGCACCCAAUGCUUAAAACGCUCAUGUGUAUUCCUCUCGCACAACCAAUUAUCGAAAAGGAGAUAUCGAGAGUCAAACUUAUCAAGACCGUCGAUCCACUGGAAAAGAACAGCUCUCAUGAUCCUACAAGAAAUGAAAUGAAGCAUUAGUACACAUCUAUUUAAUAGUAACAACAUACAAGUAAAAGACCACAUAAAUUAAAACGACCACAUGUGUAAAAACAACGAGCAACCGUAUCUGGAUGUUAGAUUAAAAUACCCAAGUCGGCCUGCCAUAGUCACAAUUAGACACAUGAAGCUCAAGAUGAUGCAUUAUGAUAUAACUCUCGAGUACUACCUCUCUUCUGCCACAACAUCUCUCGAUACAUGUCUCCAUUUACGAAACGAUUUUAUAUUAAUAUGACUAUAGAAAUAGCAAAAAUGAUUUAAACUUUUAAAUAACAUGGUACUCAUGGUUUCAAAACCCUAAAGAUUUUUUAAACCCGCGAUUCACAAACUAUAUAGCAAAUCGUAAUCAUCAUAUCAACAACCAUAACUAAUAGCAAUAAGUUCACCGAUCAAAACUAAUUAAUCAAAACCCUAAAUAAACCAUACUAUGCAAUAUAGGUGAAAAUGAAUUAUUGAGACAUCAUACCUUGAUCUUCAAGCUAUAUGGACCGAAUCGAAGUUUUAAAACUCAAAUACGAAGAUUUAAACUUAUAAAUAACAUGGUACUCAUAGUUUCAAAAACCCUAAAGAUUUUAUAAACCCAUGGUUCAGUAACUAUCUAACGAAUUGUAGUCAUCAUAUCAACCAUAUAUCUUAGAAACCAUAACUAAUAGCAAUAUGUGCACCAAUCAAAACUAAUAAAUCGGAACCAUACUACGCAAUAUACGUAACAAACGAAUCAGUGAAACACCAUACCCUGGUCUUCAAGCUAUAUAUACGGAUCAAAUCAAAGUUUUCCAACUCGAAUACAAAGAUUAGAGCACCUCUCGACGGUAUGGAUAAAGAGAAAAGCAAGGGAGAUAAAUGGUUGGGCGUAGCUCUCGGCAAGGGAAGGAGCGAUUUAUAACACUUCAUAGCUCGGAACCAAGAUAUGCAACAUCGAUUUAGGUGCCACGUCGGUGCCGCGUCAGGCCUCCGUCGCCAGUGAGGCAGGUAACUUGGCGCCAUAGGAUGUGACGGCGAGCAGUGUUACCUCGGCGUCACGACUCACGACCUAUGACACCGAACAAGAGGUCCAAACGAGAUUAAGUCGUCCAGGAGUCUAAACAUGGAAAUUUUUUUAGCAAAAGAGGUAAAAUAAAAAAAUCGGGUUGCAAGGUACAGGUGUCAGUGUGACAACCAGCCCCCAACCUUGACUUUAUAAAAAAAAAACUUGACUGACCUAUCUAACCUGAGAUUCCUUAACCCUAGUUAGGCCUAACUAACUCCAGUUCUCCAUGCAGUGCAGGUGCCAGGUGCAGCACCACUCAAAGCAAGGUACCCAACCCAAGGCAAAACCUAAUGGAAUCCUCGAGCGACACCUAACCUGAGAUUCCAAAGGCCCUCUUCCUCCCUCUCGCUUUCCCUGCCUGCUUUCCCCGGCCGUGGUCGCUUUCUCCUCCUCCACCACCACCACCACCGCACACACCGGCCUUUCGCUUUGUUUUUCCCCCACCCCACUUAACGCCUAAGCAAGCCAAGCUCGCCAAGGCUCCUCCUCCUCUUCCUCCUCCCCCGGCCGGCUAUAAAUUCAGCCGCGCUUCCAAGCCCCAAUUCCCUUUUCCCCUUCUCUCGACUCGCCUCUCUAGGUUUCCUUGCAGCCGCAUGCUGUCCCGCUGCACUGCAAGCUAGCGACUAGCAGCAGUUGCCAACGACCACCACCGCCGCCGCCCUCACCUCACCUACCACACACUGCCGUGAUCCCCGGCCCUUUUGCCUGCAGACCGCCUGUGCCUUUUGUUCCCUGUGCCCUGGGAGGUUCUGUUCUGUCCCCGGUCGAUCGACCUUCUCUUCUCGUCGGAGUUAUUAGCAACUGCCUGUUGUCCAGCCAAACUAAAACCCUUUUGCCGUCACAAACCAGCUUAGCUUUGCUGAUCAGGGCAAGGCUCUGCCGGAUUUUUUUACAAGAAGAACCUAGCUAGCUUUUCAGGCCGUCACUCUGCCGAAAUUUUUCGCCAGAAACACUGCUGUCUAGGGCGUCACUCUGCCGAAAUUUCCGGCGCUCCAAAACCUGCUUGUACGUCCAGGGCGCGCGGCACCCUGUCAAAAGAUUUCACCUUGCCUGUUCAAGGGAAAACUCUGCUGGAUUUUUGUUCUUUCUUUCGCGGCACACACAGCGUUGCUUCCGUGAUUUGCUUUGCAUGCGUUUUGUGCAACCAAGCAACAGCCUCUAGGCUUUAUUUGAUGGUGCCGCUGCUGUCGUGUUUAUGAUAACAUCCACUGUGCUCGUCCAGUCCUUCUCCGUCGUCUUCCUCUACUGGUUCUACGUCUUCUCAUAAUUAAUUAAACCACACCCCCGUGUCCAUCGACUGCUCGCGCGCUCUUCCAGAUCCAAGUUCUGAAUCCCUGUCGGCAACUUAGCUUGUAGCUAUAGCUAUAGUCCGGCUUAGUAGUAAAACACAGCAACAAACUAGCUGCUCCAUCUCGAUCGAUCGUUAACCAGGUAAUUAAUCGUCGUCGAGACGCAUAAAAAGAAGGGAAAAGAAAAAAGAACAGUGUGUGCAUAUGAUGGCCUCUCCUCCCACUCCCAGCACGGUGUCUACGACCGUGACCACGUCGCCGUCGUCGACCGGCGGGUCCGAGCUGGGGCCCGACCCGCAGCUGGCCGCCGAGAGGAAGCGCAAGCGCAAGGAGUCGAACCGGCUGUCCGCGCAGCGGUCCCGCGCGCGCAAGCAGCGGCAGCUGGACGACCUCACGGCGCAGGUGGCCGCGCUGCGCGCCCGCAACGGCGCCAUGGACGCGGCCGCCCGCGACGCCGCGCGCCGGUGCGUCGCCGUGCAGGCCGAGAACGCGAUGCUGCACGCCCGGACCGUGGAGCUCAGCGCGCGCCUCCAGUCCCUCGUCGACCUCAUCCAGUGCAUGCAAGCAGGCGACGCCAUGUACCAGUACCAGCAGUUGCCGCUGGUGGACGCCACCAUCUACAACUACUACUAGCUAGUGUCCAUCGUGCUAUAGCUAUGCCUGCUAGCUGUGUGUCUGCUGCUUUGUCUACUCUACUCCCGGUCGGGUCGUGUUGUUAUUGGUUGGGCACAUUGGAAAGCAGGCCAAAGUAGGGUUUAGUUUUGUGGUGGUGUCAUGGUGUGUCACUUUAUAUAUAAUAGCGUGACAUGGACGGCAAAAGCAAAGUAUUAUGUGGUAAAUAUGGAUUCCCUAUUUGUCAAAUCAUUCACACUUGCAAUUUA